AUGGAUAUUGUGGGAGGCAUUCCUGCAACUUUUCUAGAGGGUUUUAAAGUGAGGACAAAAUAUUGGGGACUUAUUCUAAAAUGGGUGCCUCAGGUGAAGGUUUUGACUGACCCUUUCAUAGGAGGGUUUCUCACCCACUACGAGUGGAACUCCACUUUGGAAAGCAUAAGAAAGGAAAUUCCAUUGCUUGUAUGGCCCUAUUUCAGUGAUCAAUUUCUCAACUACCAUUUCUGCAAGGAGAUGUGCAAGAUUGGCAUUGACUUGGAGGGUGUAGACAUUGAUGAAAAUUUGGUGGUUAUGAGGGAGGACAUAGAGAAAGGCAUGAGAAGACUGAUGGAGAGUCCACAAGUGCAAGAACUUAGAAAAAGGGGAAUGGAGUUGAAGGAGGAUUUAUUAAAAAUCAUUAUGCAAGGAGAUUCUUCUCUUACCAAUUUCAACAGGUUUAUUCAUGAUAUGACACAACUUUUCAAAUCGGCUUCUAUUUAA